CAGGAGGCAGUGACCUAAAUGGGACUUUAGAAGAUGAAAUUUAACCCCACAAGCUCUUCCCCACACCUUUGCAGAGCUGCCACUUAGGGGAGAAAAGCUUCCCCGUCUGCCAGGCCUAGACAGCAGGGGAAGGGCCAAGGGCCUCCCUUCCAAACAUGGCUCAACCCAAAUCUGAUAGCCUGACAGCACCCCAAGCCCAGGCACCUCAGGGCAAGGUACCCCAGAGCCAAGCACUCCAAGCCCAGACACCCCAGGGCCAGGCUCCUCAAGGCAAGGCAUCCCAGAGCCAAGUACUCCAAGCCCAGGCACUCCAAGACCAGGCUUCUCAGGGCAAGGUACCCCAAAGCCAAGCACCCCAAGCCCAGACACUCCAGGACCAGGCUCCUCAGGGCCAAGUACCCCAAGCCCAGACACCCCAGGGCCAGGCUCCUCAGAGCCAAGCACCCCAAGCCAAGACACCCCAGGGCCAAGCUCCUCAGGGCCAAGCACUUCAAGCCCAGGCACCCCAGGGCCAGGCUCAUAAGGGCCAGGUACCUCAAAGCCAAACACCCCAGAGCCAGGCUCCUCCGGGCCAAGCACCCCAAGCCCAGGCACUUCAGGACAAACCACCUCAAGCCCAGGCUCCCAACAGCAAACCCAAGGAGCAGGCAAACUCCCCAUGUCCCUCCAGCCAGAAGGCCCUGGUGACAGGAGGUGGUGGCUACUUUGGGUUUAGUCUGGGCUCCAGUCUUGUCCGGAAAGGAGUCUCAGUGGUUUUGCUUGACAUCCAGCAUCCUAAAUGGGAGCUACCCAAAGGAGUUGCAUUUAUCCAGGCUGACAUCCGGGAUGGGGAGGCCCUAUAUCAAGCCUGUGAAGGAGUUGACUGUGUUUUUCAUGUGGCUUCCUAUGGAAUGUCAGGUGCUGAAAAGCUGCACAAAGAACAGAUUGAAUCUGUAAACAUUGGCGGAACUAAAAUAGUGAUUGACGUCUGCAUCAAACGGCAAAUUCCAAGGCUUGUCUACACCAGCACUGUCAAUGUUGCAUUUGGAGGAAAGCCCAUUGAGCAAGGCGAUGAAGACUCUGUGCCAUAUUUCCCACUUGAAAAGCACAUUGACCACUAUUCACGGACCAAAGCCAUCGCAGACCAGAUGAUCCUCACAUGCAAUGGAACCCCACUCCCUGGAGGAGGUACUCUUCGAACAUGUGUCCUUCGUCCCCCAGGUAUCUAUGGACCAGAAGAACAGAGGCACCUUCCUCGAGUGGCGGGGAGCAUCAGGAAAAGAUUAUUCACCUUCAAAUUUGGGGAUCCCAAGACACGAAUGAACUGGGUCCACGUGCAGAACCUGGUCCAGGCACACCUUCUGGCAGCAGAGGCACUCACUGCAAACAAAAAGUACAUCGCAAGUGGUCAAGCAUAUUACAUCAAUGAUGGAGAGAGCGUUAACCUCUUUGAAUGGAUGUCCCCUCUGUUUGAUAAGAUGGGAUACAGCCGGCCAUGGAUCCAGAUUCCAACUUCCUUGGCUUAUUUGUCAGCUUCAGGAAUGGAAUAUCUCCACCUGGCCCUGAAACCCAUUUGUGAUUUCCCACCUCUGCUGACCCGAAGUGAGGUGUGGAGUAUCGCUGUGACUCACACCUUCCAGAUCCGAAAGGCCCGUGACCAGCUCGGCUACACUCCGGAGAAGUUCGCCUUUGCUGACUCAGUAGACCAUUACAUCCAGACCUGGCACAAGCAGCAACGCCACAGCCCAAGGUUUCUAAGAUUACUGAUGGUCCUCAUUUGCCUCCUUGGUGCACUCUUGCUUUCCCUAUCUUUCCUGGACCCCUCUUUCCUGGGGCUCUCUCAUGGAAACCACAUGUAAGAGUCACCAUUCAAGCACCACAGGUUCCUGUCAAUUCUGUAGGAUCUAGUCCUGAAAUAAAAAUCAUCCUGUUUAUGAAUCCAGAGAAAUAUCAAGUCAUGGGCCCCUAGGGACAAUAUAUCAGCUGGUUCAUACAAGACUUGUCCAGUACUAAGAAGGAGGUAAGAGGACAUGAACUAUAAGAUGACAUCCAAAUUCAUUCCAGGAGGUCCAAAAUCACAUCUCACUGCCUUUUUCUUCUUAUUUCAAGAUUUGGCCUGAUACCUUAGGAAUUUAGAGCAGGAGUUUCUAGCCUUUUUUUUUUUGUCAUGAACCCUUCUCAGAGUUAUGUUUUUUAAAUUCAUAAUUCAUAAUUGAAAAUACUAAAUUUUAGUUAGAGGUUAACAAAAAUAAAUUUUUACCCAAAUUCAUAGAUGCCGCAAAAAUCUAUCCACAGACUUGUUGGGGACCAAUAGACCCCAAGUUAAGAACCUCAAUUUAGAUCCAACUUAGCAUCCCUGAUUUAGACCAGUUUAAUUGCAUCGUAUUUAAUCCAUCCCCUUAACUAAACUCCUAUUUACCUAUUAUUACCUAUACCUGAGGGAUCCUGAUAUGUCCCUAGUACAGUAUUGCUUAAUCUGAUCUUGGCUGCAUUCCCAGUAUGACAGGAAUUAUGCCCAAAGUCACUUUGGUACCAAUUUUUGGUUCUAACUUUUUCAUCUGGCUGUAAAAGAAUAUGUAUAUAACCAUAUGUAAUAUACAUGUGUACAGAGAAUAAAAAUUAUACUUCUGCAAUCUCAA